AUGGCCGCGUCCGAGCUCUACACAAAGUUUGCCAGGGUUUGGAUACCUGAUCCUGAGGAAGUUUGGAAGUCAGCAGAGCUGCUCAAAGAUUAUAAGCCAGGAGAUAAAGUUCUCCUGCUUCACCUUGAGGAUGGAAAGGAUUUGGAAUAUCGUCUCGAUCCAAAGACCAAGGAACUGCCUCAUUUAAGAAACCCUGACAUACUUGUGGGUGAAAAUGACCUCACAGCCCUCAGUUAUCUUCACGAGCCUGCUGUACUCCAUAAUCUCAGAGUUCGCUUUAUUGAUUCCAAACUUAUUUAUACAUAUUGUGGUAUAGUUCUAGUAGCUAUAAAUCCUUAUGAACAGCUGCCUAUUUAUGGAGAAGAUAUUAUUAAUGCAUAUAGUGGUCAGAACAUGGGUGAUAUGGAUCCACAUAUCUUUGCAGUAGCUGAAGAAGCUUACAAGCAAAUGGCCAGAGAUGAACGAAAUCAGUCCAUCAUUGUAAGUGGAGAGUCUGGGGCAGGAAAAACAGUCUCAGCUAAGUAUGCCAUGAGAUACUUUGCAACAGUCAGUGGUUCUGCCAGUGAAGCCAAUGUUGAGGAAAAGGUGUUGGCUUCCAACCCCAUCAUGGAGUCAAUUGGAAAUGCUAAAACAACCAGGAAUGAUAAUAGUAGCCGUUUUGGGAAGUACAUUGAGAUUGGUUUUGAUAAGAGAUAUCGAAUCAUCGGUGCCAAUAUGAGAACUUACCUUUUAGAAAAAUCCAGAGUGGUGUUCCAGGCAGAAGAGGAGAGAAACUAUCAUAUCUUCUAUCAACUUUGUGCCUCAGCAAACUUACCUGAAUUUCAAGUGCUACGAUUAGGAGAUGCAAAUAACUUUCAUUACACGAAUCAAGGUGGCAGUCCUGUGAUUGAAGGAGUAGAUGAUGCCAAGGAGAUGGUGCAUACCAGGCAGGCCUGUACUUUGCUCGGAAUUAGUGAAUCUUAUCAGAUGGGAAUUUUCCGAAUACUUGCUGGCAUCCUUCACUUAGGCAAUGUUGUGUUUAUGUCUCGAGAUUCAGACAGCUGCACAAUCCCUCCCAAGCAUGAACCCCUCAGCAUCUUCUGUGACCUAAUGGGUGUGGACUUUGAGGAGAUGUGUCACUGGCUCUGCCAUCGGAAGCUGGCCACUGCCACAGAGACAUACAUCAAGCCCAUCUCCAAGCUGCAGGCCACGAAUGCCCGCGAUGCAUUGGCCAAGCACAUCUAUGCCAAGCUCUUUAACUGGAUUGUAGAUCAUGUCAAUCAGGCACUCCACUCUGCUGUCAAACAGCAUUCUUUUAUCGGUGUGCUGGACAUUUAUGGGUUUGAAACAUUUGAGAUAAAUAGUUUUGAACAGUUUUGCAUAAAUUAUGCAAAUGAAAAACUACAGCAACAAUUCAAUAUGCAUGUCUUCAAAUUAGAACAAGAAGAAUAUAUGAAAGAACAAAUUCCAUGGACACUCAUAGAUUUUUAUGAUAAUCAGCCUUGCAUUAAUCUUAUAGAAUCUAAACUGGGCAUUCUAGAUUUGCUGGAUGAGGAAUGCAAGAUGCCUAAAGGUACAGAUGACACUUGGGCCCAAAAAUUGUACAACACACAUUUGAACAAAUGUGCACUAUUUGAGAAGCCCCGCCUAUCAAACAAAGCUUUCAUCAUCCAGCAUUUUGCUGACAAAGUGGAAUACCAGUGUGAAGGCUUUCUGGAAAAGAAUAAAGACACCGUUUUUGAGGAACAAAUUAAAGUUCUUAAAUCAAGCAAGUUUAAGAUGCUACCAGAAUUAUUUCAAGACGAUGAGAAGGCCAUCAGCCCAACCUCAGCCACCUCUUCAGGGCGCGUGCCUCUCACCCGCAUUCCUUCAAAGCCCACCAAAGGCAGACCAGGCCAGACGGCCAAAGAGCACAAGAAAACAGUGGGGCACCAGUUCCGAAACUCCCUCCACCUGCUUAUGGAGACCCUGAAUGCCACUACCCCUCACUAUGUGCGCUGUAUCAAGCCUAACGACUUCAAGUUCCCAUUCACGUUUGAUGAGAAGAGGGCAGUGCAGCAGCUGAGAGCAUGCGGUGUCCUGGAAACCAUUCGGAUCAGCGCAGCAGGUUUCCCCUCUCGGUGGACUUACCAAGAAUUUUUCAGCCGCUAUCAGGUCCUAAUGAAGCAAAAAGAUGUGCUAAGUGACAGAAAGCAAACAUGCAAGAAUGUUUUAGAGAAACUGAUAGUGGACAAGGACAAAUACCAGUUUGGGAAGACAAAGAUCUUUUUCCGGGCUGGUCAAGUGGCCUAUCUAGAAAAAUUGAGGGCAGACAAGCUGAGGGCUGCCUGCAUCCGGAUCCAGAAGACGAUCCGAGGGUGGCUGCUGCGGAAGAAGUACCUGCGCAUGCGCAAGGCUGCCAUCACUGUGCAGAGAUACGUGCGAGGCUACCAGGCCCGAUGCUAUGCUAAGUUCCUGCGCAGAACCAAGGCAGCCACUAUCAUCCAGAAGUACUGGCGCAUGUAUGUAGCUCGCCGGAGAUACAAGAUCACGCGGACUGCCACGAUUGUCCUUCAGUCUUAUUUGCGAGGCUACUUGGCCAGAAAUAGGUAUCACAAGAUACUCCGUGAGCACAAAGCAGUCAUCAUUCAGAAGUGGGUCCGUGGCUGGCUGGCUCGCACCUACUACAGGAGGAGCAUUCACGCCAUCAUCUACCUUCAGUGCUGCUUCCGACGGAUGAUGGCCAAGCGCGAGCUGAAGAAACUUAAGAUCGAGGCCCGCUCCGUGGAGCGCUAUAAGAAGCUCCACAUUGGCAUGGAGAACAAGAUCAUGCAGCUGCAGCGCAAAGUUGAUGAGCAGAACAAAGACUACAAAUGCCUCAUGGAGAAACUGACCAAUCUGGAAGGAAUAUACAACUCGGAGACUGAGAAACUACGAAGUGAUUUAGAACGUCUUCAGCUAAGUGAAGAAGAGGCUAAGAUUGCUACUGGACGGGUCCUCAGCCUGCAGGAAGAAAUUGCCAAGCUAAGGAAAGACCUGGAACAAACUCAGUCUGAGAAAAAAUCCAUUGAGGAACGUGCUGAUAGAUACAAACAAGAAACUGAGCAGCUGGUGUCAAAUCUGAAGGAAGAAAAUACUUUGCUGAAGCAGGAAAAGGAGACCCUCAAUCACCGUAUCGUGGAGCAGGCUAAGGAGAUGACAGAGACUAUGGAGAAGAAGUUAGUAGAAGAAACAAAACAACUGGAACUUGAUCUUAAUGAUGAAAGGCUGAGAUAUCAGAACCUUUUGAAUGAGUUUAGUCGCUUGGAAGAACGCUAUGAUGACCUCAAGGAAGAGAUGACUUUGAUGGUGAAUGUGCCUAAGCCUGGACACAAGAGAACAGACUCUACCCACAGCAGCAAUGAGUCUGAAUAUACCUUUAGCUCUGAAAUUGCAGAAUCAGAAGAUAUUCCAUCAAGGACAGAGGAGCCAAGUGAGAAGAAGGUGCCUCUGGACAUGUCAUUGUUCCUCAAGCUCCAGAAGCGAGUCACAGAGCUGGAGCAGGAGAAGCAGGUGAUGCAGGAUGAGCUGGACCGCAAGGAGGAGCAGGUGCUCCGCAGCAAGGCAAAGGAAGAAGAAAGACCACAGAUUAGAGGUGCAGAACUGGAAUAUGAGUCACUCAAGCGUCAAGAACUAGAAUCAGAAAACAAAAAACUGAAAAAUGAGCUAAAUGAGUUACGAAAGGCCCUCAGUGAGAAAAGUGCCCCUGAGGUGACUGCCCCAGGUGCGCCAGCCUACCGUGUCCUCAUGGAGCAGCUGACCUCUGUGAGUGAGGAGCUCGAUGUCCGCAAGGAGGAAGUCCUCAUCUUGAGGUCUCAGCUGGUGAGCCAGAAGGAAGCUAUCCAACCCAAGAACACAAUGACAGAUUCCACAAUACUUUUAGAAGAUGUACAAAAAAUGAAAGAUAAAGGCGAAAUAGCACAAGCAUAUAUUGGUUUGAAAGAAACCAACAGAUCAUCUGCUAUGGAUUGCCAUGAGUUGAAUGAGGAUGGAGAGCUGUUGCUGGUUUAUGAAGGGUUAAAACAAGCCAACAGGCUCCUGGAGUCCCAGCUGCAGUCUCAGAAGAGGAGCCAUGAGAACGAGGCUGAAGCUCUCCGCGGGGAAAUCCAGAGCCUGAAGGAGGAGAACAACCGGCAGCAGCAGCUGCUGGCCCAGAACCUACAGCUGCCCCCAGAGGCCCGCAUUGAGGCCAGCCUGCAGCACGAGAUCACUCGGCUCACCAAUGAGAACCUGGAUUUGAUGGAACAACUUGAAAAACAAGAUAAGACUGUCCGGAAACUAAAAAAACAACUGAAAGUAUUUGCCAAAAAAAUUGGUGAACUAGAAGUGGGCCAGAUGGAGAACAUAUCGCCAGGACAGAUCAUUGAUGAACCCAUUCGUCCAGUCAACAUUCCUAGGAAAGAAAAGGAUUUCCAAGGAAUGCUGGAAUACAAGAAGGAGGAUGAGCAAAAACUUGUGAAGAACCUGAUUCUGGAACUGAAGCCACGUGGUGUAGCUGUCAAUUUGAUUCCAGGGUUACCAGCGUAUAUCCUGUUCAUGUGUGUUCGACAUGCUGACUACCUGAAUGAUGAUCAGAAAGUAAGGUCGUUGCUAACAUCAACAAUUAACAGCAUCAAAAAAGUAUUAAAGAAAAGAGGUGAUGAUUUUGAAACCGUCUCCUUUUGGCUUUCUAACACAUGCCGAUUUUUGCACUGUUUGAAGCAGUACAGUGGAGAAGAGGGCUUUAUGAAACACAACACCUCUCGCCAAAAUGAACACUGCCUCACCAAUUUUGACUUGGCUGAGUACCGGCAGGUGCUCAGUGACUUGGCAAUUCAGAUCUACCAGCAGCUUGUGCGGGUAUUAGAGAACAUCCUUCAGCCAAUGAUUGUCUCCGGAAUGCUGGAACAUGAAACCAUUCAGGGUGUCUCUGGGGUGAAGCCCACAGGGCUAAGAAAGCGAACCUCCAGCAUUGCUGACGAGGGUACCUACACCCUGGACUCCAUCCUGCGACAGCUCAACUCCUUCCACUCGGUCAUGUGUCAGCAUGGCAUGGACCCCGAGUUGAUCAAGCAGGUGGUGAAGCAGAUGUUCUACAUCGUGGGGGCCGUCACCCUGAACAACCUCCUCUUGCGGAAGGACAUGUGCUCCUGGAGUAAAGGCAUGCAGAUCAGAUACAAUGUCAGUCAACUAGAAGAAUGGCUGCGUGACAAGAAUUUGAUGAACAGUGGGGCUAAGGAAACCCUGGAGCCUCUCAUCCAGGCUGCUCAGCUUCUGCAAGUGAAAAAGAAAACAGAUGAUGAUGCAGAAGCCAUUUGUUCCAUGUGCAAUGCUUUAACUACUGCCCAGAUUGUCAAAGUGUUGAAUUUGUAUACACCGGUUAAUGAGUUUGAAGAAAGAGUUUCUGUGUCAUUUAUUCGUACUAUACAGAUGCGUUUACGAGACAGGAAAGACUCUCCUCAACUACUCAUGGAUGCAAAGCACAUCUUUCCUGUCACCUUUCCUUUUAACCCCUCUUCCCUUGCGCUAGAAACCAUCCAGAUUCCAGCCAGCCUGGGCCUGGGAUUCAUAUCACGGGUCUGA